GUUCGGACAUCCUGUUAGUACAUCCCUCCCCCUACAUAGCUCAACUUCUAGCCUCUCUACUAAAAGGUUCAGGUACAGCCUAUAAGGAAAAAGUGCCGAAGUGCAAGCCGGCAGGCACAGGGACCCAUGGGAGCAGUACUCUGCCUAUCGCUACUAAUGCCGCGCUUCCUGGACUAGAGAGAGAGAGAGAGAAUAAAGAGUGAAGGAGCAGCACCGGCCCCGCAGCCACUCACAUCCCGUCAGAUCGCUCCGCAGGGGGAGCGCAAUAUCGGCUUCUCCCGGCCCGGCAUCCCCACUGGCGGAUUGGCUCCUCGGGCAGCUGCUAUGGGAUUAUCACAUUCUCACUCUGUGGAGACCCGACAACUAGUGGAAAAGACAGGCUUCUCAGCGGAACAGAUUGAACAUUUACACAAGAGAUUUAACAGUUUAAGUGGAGACCUGCUAACCAUCAGAAAAGGGCACUUGAAUGGCAUAUCAGAUUUAGAGGUGAAUCCGAUCCGAUCAAAAAUAGUAGAUGCCUUUUUUGACAAACGGAAUUUACGGAAAGGGUCGAGUGGAUAUGUAGAAGAAAUUAACUUUGAGGAGUUUCUGACAAUAAUGUCCUAUUUCCGCCCCCUGAGCCAGAAUAUGGAUGAAGAAAACAUAAGCGUGUGUCGGAAAGACAAGCUGAGAUUUCUGUUCAACAUGUAUGAUACAGACAAUGAUAGCAAGAUUACCCUGGAGGAAUACAGAAAAGUGGUAGAAGAACUCUUAUCUGGAAAUCCGAAUAUUGAAAAGGAAACUGCAAGAUCCAUUGCAGAUGGAGCAAUGUUGGAAGCUGCCAGCAUUUGUGUUGGCCAAAUGGAACCUGACCAGGUAUAUGAAGGAAUUACAUUUGAUGACUUCCUCAAGAUAUGGGAGGGAAUUGACAUUGAGACAAAAAUGCACAUCAGAUUCCUGAACAUGGAGAGCAUUCCAUCCUGUCGCUGAUCCCUGAGCCUCCUACCCACAGAUCUUAGGAGGAAUGGUUUGAUUGACGAGCAGAAGAGGGGGCAGAGCAGUUGCUAGAGAAGUGAGGGGAGACCGCGCUGGUUAGGAUACACAAGAGACCAAUCACAUGCUGUAAUGAGCAGCAGAAGGGACAUGGCAGUCUGUGGCAAUUCUGAAGCGGAGGUGACACUACAGUCUAUGCAAAUUUGUAUGUAUAUCUCGGUUCUAUAGAGUAUUUAAAACAUUGAUAAAGCUAUAUUAGCUGUAUAUGAAAUUACUGAUAUUAACAAAUCCACAUUAAAAGGUUUGUGGUUA